UUCUUUUCUUUUAACUGAUUUUGAGAGAUUCAGUGAACCACUUGCAUAUGUUUCUGCUUCUUUGAUCAUCCUAUACUAUUUUUUGACUUUCGAGACAUUUUCGAACUUGUUUGUUACGUUUUUAAUGCUAUAUAAAAAAUUUAUAAUGCUUGGUUCUUCUUUUGUUGUUGAAUCAAGUUGUGUUGUUUUGGAUUUUGGGGGUUAAAAUUGUUUUUACUUUCAUUAUCAUCUUCAUUUUGGUCUCAGCUUCUUGCAAUGGCCACAGUGACAGCCUCUCACCUUGUUUCUACAGUUUGUCAAGUCAACAGCCAUGGAGCAGACACUAAGGCCGCCAAUUUGAUUUGCAUGAAGAACCAAGCUGCUAUGACUCACAAUGGUCUAAGGUUUUUGAACAUGCUAGACAGGUUGCAGAUGAGAACCAAUGCAAAGGCUGUUGCCCGACAAGCUGUGAAACAGGAAAACCCCAGGCCUUGGGGCAAAAUUAUUUGCGGCAAAGGGUUGAACUUAGUGUUUGUGGGAGCUGAGUGUGGUCCAUGGAGCAAAACUGGUGGGCUUGGCGACGUCCUUGGUGGACUUCCGCCUGCAAUGGCGGCCAAUGGACAUCGUGUUAUGACAGUGUCUCCUCGAUAUGAUCAGUACAUGGAUGCAUGGGACACCAGUGUAUUAGUUGAAGUAAAAGUUGGUGACAAAAUCGAGACCGCUCGAUUCUUCCAUUGUUACAAACGUGGAGUUGAUCGUGUGUUUGUUGAUCACCCAAUGUUCCUCGAGAAGGUUUGGGGCAAAACUGGAUCAAAAAUCUAUGGCCCUAAUGCAGGUGUGGACUACAAAGACAAUCAAUUGCGGUUUAGCUUGUUAUGCCAGGCUGCUAUGGAAGCACCCAAGGUUCUGAAUUUAAAUAGCAACAGAUAUUUCUCAGGACCAUAUGGGGAAGAUGUUAUUUUUAUUGCCAAUGAUUGGCACACUGGUCUUCUACCAUGUUAUUUGAAAAGCAUGUACCAGUCAAGGGGCAUCUACAUGAAUGCCAAGGUUGCAUUUUGCAUCCACAACAUAGCCUAUCAGGGAAGAUUUCCGUUUUCGGAUUUCUCUGUUCUUAAUCUGCCUGAUCGGUUCAAGAGUUCGUUUGACUUCUUCGAUGGGUAUCCCAAGCCUAUCAAGGGAAGGAAAAUUAAUUGGAUGAAGGCUGGAAUUCUAGAAUCAGAUAAGGUCUUGACUGUAAGCCCAUACUACGCCCAGGAGCUUAUAUCAGGUGAAGAUAAAGGCGUUGAACUUGAUAACAUCAUCCGUAAAACCGGCAUCACCGGCAUUGUGAAUGGCAUGGAUGUUCAGGAGUGGAACCCUGCCACUGACCAACACAUCAAUGUCCAAUAUGAUGCUUCAACUGUAAUGGAUGCAAAGCCUAUACUAAAGGAAUCUCUUCAAGCAGAAAUGGGCUUGCAUUGUGACAGGAACGUUCCGGUGGUUGGCUUCAUCGGUAGGUUAGAAGAGCAGAAAGGUUCAGAUGUUUUGGCAGAAGCGAUCCCGAGAUUCAUCAGAGAAAAUUGUCAGAUUGUAAUCCUUGGAACGGGCAAAAUGGCCAUGGAGGAACAGAUUGAGAAUUUAGAGACACAAUACCCUGACAAAGCUAGAGGAAUAGCCAAUUUCAAUGUCCCAUUGGCUCAUAAGAUAAUUGCUGGUUCUGAUUUCAUUUUGAUCCCCAGUCGAUUCGAACCGUGCGGUCUGAUCCAGUUGCAUGCUAUGCGAUAUGGAACCGUGCCAAUAGUUGCCUCAACCGGUGGACUCGUCGACACCGUCAAGGAAGGAUUCACAGGGUUUCAAAUGGGAGCUUUCAAUGUUGAAUGUGAUGCAGUGGAUCCAAGUGAUUUGGAUAAGGUGGCAAAGACUGUCAGGAAAGCUCUUGCAACAUAUGGCACUCCAACCAUGAACGAAAUGAUCCAAAACUGUAUGGCACAAGACCUUUCAUGGAAGGGACCAUCAAAGCUGUGGGAGAAGUUGUUGUUGAGCCUGGAGGUUGCUGGCAGUGAACCCGGUAACGAAGGCGAGGAGAUUGCUCCACUUGCCAAGGAAAAUGUUGCCACCCCAUGAACUGCCCUUCGGAGUCUAAAUAAAAUGUUUCGAUAUGGAAUUGUUCUU